AUGUAUUUGGAAACUAGAAGAGCUGUUUUUGUUUUUUGGAUUUUUCUCCAAGUUCAAGGAACCAAAGAUAUCUCCACUAAGAUAUUCCAUUCUGAAACCAAAGACGUAGACAAUGCCCCAAGAAUUAAAACAACUGAAAGUACUGCAAAAAUGUACAAAGUUUCAACCAUGAGACGAAUGUUCAAUUUGACAAAGCAUCGAACAAAAAGAUCAGCAUUUUUCCCAGCUGGGGUUAAAGUCUGUCCACAGGAAUCCAUGAAACAGAUUUUAGCCAGUCUUCAAACUUAUUAUAGAUUGAGAGUGUGUCAGGAAGCAGUGUGGGAAGCAUAUCGGAUCUUCCUGGAUCGCAUCCCUGACACAGGAGAGUAUCAGGACUGGGUCAGCAUCUGCCAGCGGGAAACCUGCCUCUUUGACAUUGGGAAAAACUUCAGCAGCUCUCAAGAGCACCUGGAUCUUCUUCAGCAGAAAAUGAAACAGAAAAGCUUCCCUGAGAGAAAAGAUAAAGUAUUUAUAGAGAAGCCACUGGAAGAGCCAAUUGAAACCCCUGUGUUUUCAACAGAUGUUGCCAGUGUCUCACUCAGGCCCUUUCCUCUCACUCCUGAUGGCAGUUUCCUCAAUGAAAUUCUAAGUAAUACCCUCAACUACACCAAGAUGCCUGCAACGGAAAGAGAAACAGAAUUCACUAAUGUGUCUGAGGGUACGCUGGAGCAGAAGGUGGAGCUCAGCAUCACUCUGGCAAACCAGAAGUUCAAGGCAGAACUCACUGACCCCAAGUCCCCUUACUAUCAGGACCUGGCAGAAAAGUCUCAACUUCAGAUGCAAAAGGUAUUUAAGAAACUUCCAGGAUUCAAGGAAAUUCAUGUAUUAGGAUUUAGACCAACAAAAGAAAAAGCUGGUUCAAGCUCCAUAGAGGUGCAACUUGCGGCCAUCUUUAAGAGAGACAAUGCAGAAGCAAAAAGCCCUGCAAGUGACCUCCUGUCUUCGGACUCCAACAAAAUUGAAAGUGAAGGCAUCCCUCAUGGACUCAUGGAAGAGGACAAGCAAUCAGAAAUCUAUCUCACACCUGUUGACCUCAAAAGGCUGAUCAGCAGAGCAUUAAAGGAAGAUCAAUCUUUGGAUGUGGGGACAAUUCAGUUCACUGAUGAAAUUGUUGCAUCAUUGCCAGUUCCAGAUCCCAACACACAAUCAAUGCUGCCUACAGCACUUGCAGAUCUCAAAAAGGGUGCUACUUUGAGUACAGAACUUCAUUUUGGUCAACCCAGGCUUGCGACAGUUGAUGGAGCAGGGCAUACUUUAUCCGACCAUUCUUGGUCUCUGUCUGCUAAGGCCUCUACUUCUCCAUCAGAAACUCUACCUUUCUUUACUGGAUUGAGCUUCAUCUCUCCAACUAUUCAAAGUGCCAGAGACAUAAUGUCCAUUGAGACAACAGCACUGGUUCCUGGGGUAACCAUCCCCACCAAAGAUUACUCUGUCAUCAGCCAAUCUGCUCUGGAGAUGUCAUAUUCUCCUGCAUCUUCAGAAGAAAGCAGGUUGACUACAGGCAGUGCGGUCAGAGACCCGGAUGGAAUAGAUCUGUCGAAGACUCUUGCCUCAUCUGAAGUACCAGGACACAGUGGAUAUGAUUCUACCCCAGAUCAUUUCUUGGAGAAUACCACUCCUGUCCCAGCUUUACAAUUUAUCACCACUAGUUCUAUGACCACCACUACCAAGGGCCAAGAAAUGGUUGUGUUCUUUAGUCUACGUGUUGCUAACAUGCCCUUUUCCAACGACCUGUUCAACAAGAGCUCUCUGGAGUACCAAGCUCUGGAGCAACAAUUCACACAGCUGCUGGUUCCAUAUUUGCGAGCCAAUCUUACAGGAUUUAAGCAACUUGAAAUACUAAACUUCAGAAAUGGAAGUGUGAUCGUGGAUAGCAAAAUGAGGUUUGUGAGAUCAGUGCCCUAUAAUCUCACCAAGGCCGUGCACAGGGUCCUGGAGGAUUUUCGUUCUGCUGCAUCCCAACAGCUUGAUCUGGAAAUAGUCAGCUACUCCCUUGAACUUGAGCCAGCCGAUCAAGCAGAUCCCUGCAAAUUCCUGGCCUGCAGCAAAUUUUCCCAGUGUGUAAAGAACGAGGAGACCAAGGAAGCGGAAUGUUGCUGCAGAGCUGGGGAUGAGAGCCAGGGGGGCAUGGACCACCUGGACCCAGGCUUCUCUAUCGCCAAAGAGGAAAGUGAGGUCAUCCAGGGCAAGGCAACCACAUACAGGCCACCAGAUUACUCUAAAAAUAAAGCUUACAAAAUUCGUGCUAAAAAAUUCCAACAUCAACAAAAUAACAAGGUAACCAGGAAAGGAAAUUCUGAAUUACUGACUUUAGGAUAUGAAGAAUUUAAUCAUCAAGGUUGGGAAGGAAAUUAAAAACUGACAAUGUUCAAAUUAUAAUUUAAUCUAUCUCAAGAAUCAUGAUCUACUUUUUCAAAGAAAACUGUACCUACUCUGUCAACAUCCUGAACACAUAAGCAGGCAUCUUCACUGUCUAUAUCACUGACUAUAAUCCAGGUGUAUAGUCAACAUUGAGAACCAGCAACCCCCAUGUUUCAAAUAUAUGAGAUUCAAUAUGUACUUGAUGACUGAUGAAUUCUGAAGAAAAAGAUGCUGAUUAUCAAAACCCAAAAACAAUCAGUGAAACAUAUGUCU